GCUCACAUGGACUCUGGCAGGCAGAGAGAAGACGAGUGGUGACUCUGUUGACCCUACCUUACAUCAGACAAAGCCAGCAGGAGCACAUCAGCACUGGAACCUUUUCAUCUUCAUGCUGUUUUUGAACUAUGCGAUGCUGCGUCCAUACUUUGAUGCAGGAGAUAGCAACAGAAAAUUCUUCAUAUAAAGAUACCAUUCUUUUGGGUUUUACUUUUCAUCCUUCUAAAGUAAUUCAUUGGAGUACUGACGAAACAAGAGGCAACAGAAGACGGAAGACCACAUGAUCAAAAUGGACGUAUUUUCUUCUGACAACUCCAAUGACUUCACACAACACAGCAAAGCUGGAAUCCAAGCAGAAAAAAGCCCACGCAAGGCCUUUAACCAAGGCGUGCUUUGUCAAGUGUGUGCUGAUUCAAGCAGCGGUAAACAUUAUGGGAUAUAUGCCUGCAACGGCUGCAGUGGCUUCUUCAAACGCAGCGUGCGACGGAGACUCAUCUACAGGUGUCAGGCUGGAACCGGCAGGUGUGCUGUUGACAAGGCUCAUCGAAACCAGUGUCAAGCUUGUAGACUAAAGAAGUGUCUCCAAGCUGGCAUGAACAAAGAUGCUGUGCAGAAUGAGCGACAGCCUCGAAGCACAGCACAUUUCAGUUUCGAUUCCAUGAAUGUGGAUGAUAAAAACGAGCACCUGGCCACCACACAGGACCUGGAUCCCUCUGACACCUACUCAUCCGUCAUCUGUAGACCCGCAGUUACUUCCUCUGCCACCGAUUCGGCCACUGUCCAGCCUUGCGGCAAUGCGAACAGCAGCCACCGCGUUAUGGUCAGCCUGCUGACUGCAGAGACCUGUGCAAAACUGGAGCCUGAGGAUGUGGAUGAAAAUAUCGAUGUGACAACAAAUGACACAGAGAGGGAUCACUCGCCCGUUGACUGUCGUGCGUUCCCUUACACGUCAGCUUCUUCAGAGAAUGUGUACGAGACGUCAGCACGACUCCUCUUCAUGUCAGUCAAAUGGGCCAAAAAUUUGCCAAUUUUUGGUUGUUUGCCAUUUCGGGACCAGGUGAUUCUGCUGGAAGAAGCCUGGAGCGAGAUGUUCCUCCUAUAUGCCAUCCAGUGGUCCCUGCCCAUGGAGAGCUGUCCUCUUCUGUCUCUGCCGGAGCUUUGUCCCGCACAGAAGGCCCAAAUCAACCUUCCCACGUCUGACCUGGAGGUCCUGGAGGAGGUCUUCAGCCGCUUCAAGGCUCUGGCUGUUGACCCCACUGAGUUUGCCUGUCUAAAGGCCAUCGUGCUGUUCAAGCCGGAGACACGCAGCCUCAAAGAUGCGGAGCAGGUGGAGAAUCUGCAGGACCAGUCACAGGUGUUGUUGGGUCAGCACAUCCAGUCCGUGUACCCCGACCAGAGUGCCAGGUUUGGGAGACUGUUACUUCUCCUGCCGUCCCUCCACUUUGUGACUUCUGAGAAAAUAGAGCGGAUGUUCUUUCACAAGACCAUUGGCAGCACACCCAUGGAGAAGCUGCUAUGUGACAUGUUCAAAAACUAGCCAGAGUUGAACGGAAGCUCUCAUCCAAUGACAAACUGUCUGACUGCGUAUUCAUAAACAUGUCAUCUUUCACCUUCAACUUAAUUAUAAGCUGGUCCUGUCACCAAAGUCAUUUGGACAUGGAUAAAUGAGUGAUGACUAAGGAUUCUGGUAACGUACGUGAUGGUUUACUUUUUACAGUUGUUUAUAUUCAGCUUUCUUUUACUGCUGUACCACAUCCAGAAUGUUGUACGAAAGACUCAUUUAGACUUACGUCAGCUUUUCCUCAGUUACAACACCGUGCACUUCUGAACCACUACAAUCAUAGAGAUUUUAUUGACAGCAGAUAUAUUGAAAUAUUCUGUGUAGCGCUGUUGCAAGUAAAGGGUCUUUCUAAUAUGUCAAAUUUAAGAUAUGUGAAAAUGUAUUUCACC